GGAAAACGUAAACAAAGUGCGGCAUAACGCACACUCAUGCAGGAUUGCAGAAUUCCAUAAUAAAUUUCGUCAAAUUAGGACGGAAAAGUCACUGCUAAUAAUUAGCGAUCUUUAAUCAAGUUACCCGGCAACCAAAAGUCAGAAUGAAGGACGCCAAGCCCUUUCCCGUGCUUAAGAACGACAACCUGCUGAGGGCCGCCCGAGGCGAGGUGGUGGAUCGCGUGCCUGUGUGGGUGAUGCGCCAGGCGGGCCGCUAUUUGCCGGAGUUUCAGGAACUGCGCAAGCAGCACGACUUUUUCACCGUCUGCCGUACCCCGGAGCUGGCCUGCGAGGUGACCAUGCAACCGCUGCGUCGUUUUGACCUGGACGCCUCUAUUAUCUUCUCGGACAUCCUAGUCAUUCCUCAGGCUCUUGGGCUUACUGUGGAGAUGCACGCGGGCGUGGGUCCAGUUUUGCCGCAGCCGAUAGUGGUGCCUGAGGACCUGAAGCGCCUUACUCCGGACGGAGCCCUGUCCCGGCUCGCCUACGUGGGCGACGCCAUCACCAUGAUGCGGCACAAGCUGGAGGGACGAGUGCCCCUCAUCGGCUUCACUGGCGCACCUUGGACGCUCAUGGGCUACAUGAUCGAGGGCGGCGGCAGCAAGACCAUGUCAAAGGCCAAGGCCUGGCUUAAGGACUAUCCGGAGGACACGAAGCUUUUCCUCAACCUGCUGACCGACGCCAUAGUGGACUAUUUGGAAAUGCAGGUGAAGGCUGGCGCCCAAAUGCUGCAGAUCUUCGAGUCCUCUGCGGAGCACCUCUCAAAGGAGGAGUUCCUGCAGUGGGGAGUGCCCUACCUGAAAAGGAUACGCGAUGAGUUGGUCGACCGUCUCACCAAGAGAGCGAUUCCGGUGGUCCCCCUCACGCUGUUCGCUAAAGGCGCUGGACACUCGCUGAAGGAGCAGAGCGAACUGGGCUACGACGUCAUCGGAUUGGACUGGACUGUGGAUCCCGUAGAGGCGCGCAGUGUGGUGGGCCCGAACAUUACGCUGCAGGGCAACUUAGAUCCCAUGGACAUGUAUCGCGACCCAGACGAGCUGCGCACCUUGACCACCGAGAUGGUUCACAAGUUCGGCAAGUCGCGCUACAUCGCCAAUCUGGGGCACGGCAUCACGCCCCAGACGCCGAUUACAAGCAUGGAGGUGCUCGUGGAGGCGGUGCACAAGGCUUUGUAAGCGCCAGCUCCUUUCAACUUAUCGUUUACUAUGCUUUUAUCGAAUGUAAUAAAGACAAUUGGCCUUGGGUUUAGGGUAA